AUGGGCAACUGCCUCAACGCGGCCUCCAAGCAGCAGGACCCGCGGCGGCGGCGCGGCGAGAGGGUCGUGCCGGAGGAGAGGGAUCAGGAAAGCAUAGCCGACGUCCUGCUGCAGGAGCAGGAAGAAGACGAGCAAGUGCCGGCGACGCAGUCGGCGGCGGGGAUGAAGGUGAAGGUGGUGCUCACGCGGGCGGAGCUGGAGUGGCUCAUGGCGCAGCUCAAGAGCGGCGACCAGCGCCUCGAGGACGUGCUGCGCCAGGUCAGCACCGCCCGCACAGGCGCCACCGCCGACAGCAAGCCGACGCCGCGCGCCGACGGGUGGCGCCCGAGGCUCGAGCGCAUCCUCGAGUGCCCCGAGCCCGCCGUCGACGCCACCUAG